AGUGGGGAGGACGGAAUCAGGAAGGAGCUGGCACAACUCUGGGGGAGGUAGUGGAACAAGGGAACAGCUUCAAUCUGUUCCAAGCAAAUGUCCAAAGGAGCAAGAACAGACAUGCUAACCAUCCAGGCCAUGGGGUGGAACAGAAGGAAGAAAAACAACCUGCACAGAGUAUUGUCCAGAAGAUACUUGAAGACAACCUCAAAAAUCCAGGAGGAGACCCAGACUCUCGAAAAGUUUAAGAGUGAUUUGGGUGUAGGCGAUGAGACUGGUACAACUGGUACAACGGAAGUUCAGCAAUGGGCUAAUACAGAGGAAACAAAUGAGAACAUGGAUCGUCCCCAGGUACUACAGAGAACAAUUGAAGUCCUGUUUCUUAGCAUCAAACAAAGGAAACAGAACAUCUACUGUCAGACAGAUGGAUGCAAGAAAGAUAUUGGAAGAAAAUGACAAAUUGACAGCUGCCAUAGAGGAGUACAACACCCUUGUACCAGAUUCAGCAAUACCAUCUGCAGAUGAGAUCCUUUCCGCAGACCUUCAUGCAUGGCCUUGGGCGCUGCAUGGACAAACUGACCUACUCACAAAGAAAAUAGCCUUUGACCGGGUGAUGCUCCUGAGCCGGCUGAAGGAGGAAGAGUUAAUUGUCCUAAAGGAAGUCAAGCAGCACUGGGAAAGCCUAAAAAGGGAAUCGGAGAAUGUGCAARACUUUGCUUCACAUGUGGCACUUGACCUAAGCAGGAAAAGCUGGAAAUUGAAUCAGUCAGAAGCUGGGAGCAGAGGUCUCUUCUCCAUGCUUCAGAGGAGAGUCAGCAGCCUCAGAAGACACCAGGACACUGUCAAACUGAUAUACAGCAAAGCUAUGGGCCAAGACACCUCCCUCCUAGAAAAUAACUUCAUAGAUGACCUCCUGGAAGAGGACCUAGAUGACAUCUAUGACAGCAUCCACUACAGCUCUGAUGACGAGGAAUCUAUCACAGACUGAAGGUGUUUGUUUGGGUGGGUGCAGUUUGCACUGGGUGAAAAGUGAUUCCAUUUGUUUUGCGUAUGUGCUUUAUCUGCCUUCCUAAGGAAAAAUAGUUUGAUCAUUUUAUGGAAAAUAAACUUUUAUGUUUCUUCCUUGUUGACAAUGUGAUCAUGUGGCACAGAUUUGAGAAGGGCGCUAUUACUGCUUUUGCCCGGUAACAUGACCAGGUCCGAUGCACCCCUUUAAAUGUCCAAUCUGCAGUUGCUACAUCCACUUUUGGAUGCUUGAAGAAUAUAAUUGAUAAAUGCCUCAUGAAUAUAGUUCACCUGCCGUACCCAAUCAGAUCCCAAAAUAUAUAUUUUUUUCUACUUGAAUGUUUGUAAACAAGGUAAAUGUAAACAUACACUAGCAUGUGUCAAAAUAAUUCCACUGUCUGCGGGUUUUCGCUCCUCCCAUAAUUGAUGAAUUAAGGUCACUAAUUAGUAAGGAACUCCCCUCACCUGCUUGUCUAGGUCUUAAUUGAAAGGAAAAAACAAAAGCCAGCAGACACUAGGCUCUCCAUGGAAUGAGAUUGACACCACUGGACUAUAGCCUCGAAACAUGGUGUAAACUAUGGUUACAUUUCUCCAGCCCCAUCCCUCUGCUUUUUACAGAACCAUUGGCGGGGAGAAYWWUUUUUUGUUUCACCUGGUGAUUUCCGAUUUAAACAUUGUUAAACUGUAAUGUACUGUGCUGGUGUGUGCUUAUUAGUUUAGUUAAUAAAAAACGAAAAAAGGUUA